CCUUCAAUUUGCGGAGAAGAACUUCCUGAAGUUUCACGUCAGUUAAACCUGCUGAGAGCACAAAAUGCCACUGUAUGAAGGGAUUUCUUAUGCUGGUGACAAAAAUGCAGUGAUCAUAGACAUUGGAACUGCUUACACAAAGUGUGGUUUCAGUGGUGAGACAGCACCAAGAUGUAUUGUGCCUAGUGAAAUAAAGAGAUCAAGUAGUGGACAGGUUGUAAAAGUCCAUCAGUAUAACACAGAAGAAGAACUUUAUGAAAUUUUAGUUGAUUUUAUACACAUGCUGUACUUCAGGCAUGUGCUGGUGAAUCCUAAAGACAGGCGUGUGGUGGUGUGUGAGUCUCUCCUAACACCCACUGUAUUCAGAGACACAUUGGCAAAAGUAUUAUUUGAGCAUUAUGAGGUUCCUUCCAUUCUCUAUGCUCCCACUCAUCUAGUUUCCUUGUUCACACUUGGAAUCUCAUCAGGUCUUGUCAUGGAUGCUGGGUUCACAGAAACAUUUGUAUUACCCAUAUAUGAAGGGAUACCAAUCCUGAAAGCAUGGGAGGCUAUUCCUCUUGGAGGGAAAGCGAUACAUAGAAAUUUAGAGAGCAAACUAAUGGGAUCUGCAGUUGUCAAAACACAGGAUGCUGAAGAAAGGCAACUGUGCUCUGUUGUAGGUUCAUUAUCUGAAAAUAUACUGGAAGACAUCAAGGUGCGGUGUUGUUUUGUAACCAAGAUGGAGCGUGCCAAGCAGAUCCAGAAGUUUAUGCUGCAAGAGAGUGGGCUAACAGGAGAAUCAAGAGUUGAGGCUCCUAAACCUCCACCUGAUGUAGAGUAUCCUUUAGAUGGAGAUAAAAUACUUCACAUUGAAGGAAAGAUAAGGGAAAAUACCUGUGAGGUUUUGUUUGAGCAAGACAAUGAAGAAAAAUCGGUGGCCACAUUAAUAUUGGAUUCUAUUAUAAAGUGUACUAAAGAUAUGAGGAAAACUCUGGCAGAGAAUAUAGUGAUAAUGGGUGGAACAGCUAUGCUGCCUGGUUUUCUCCACAGACUACAGAGUGAGUUGUAUGACCUCCUGAGCAAGAACAAAUACAAGCAACAACUAGCCAUCAAGAGUUUUAAAUUUCAUCAACUUCCAUGUAAGGAGAAUUGUGCAGCAUGGCUGGGAGGUGCAAUGUUUGGUGCUUUGGAAGUGCUUCAAAAUCGUUCACUCUCAAGAGAACAGUUCCAAGAAACUGGCGUUAUUCCAGACUGGUCUUCUCUUGGCUUUGAAGAAGAGAGUGAAAGGGAGGAAAAACCUGCAGUGAAAAGAUGAACUCACUGUAGUGACAUUUGAUGUUGUAUGCUUGUGCCAGUUCCAGUGUAACCAUAAGGAUCUUGCAGCAGAGCUGAUGCAUCUAGCUAAAGAUGAAUGAUUUGAAAACUCUGCUAAUUUGGUUCCAUUCACUUAUUUUUUGCUACGAGAUCCACUGUUACAUACACUCCAACUUUCAUUUUUAAUUAAAAAAUUUCUUUGAA